AUGGGAAAAGGAUUGAGAUCUAAAAUUAAGAGAAGAUUCAGAACAGUCAAAAGAGUUCAUGUUCAUGAAACGAUAGAAAAACCAAUGAUUGAAAAGCUUAACAAAAGAGUAAAGGACAUGUUACAAAAUAAAAAUACAUAUAAGGAGUUCAUUAAGCCACCAAAUAUGUUUUUACAUCCAGAUGACGAAAAUGCAGUUAUACCUCAACACAAAAUUGUAAAAAGUAUCGACUUUAGAUCGGAAGCAUUACCAUUAUCAGGGUUUGCAGUGAGUGGAAAUAGAAGGAAAUAUGAUUUGGAAGAAAAAAUGGAAAUACAAAAUCAGUAUGGAAGCAGUUUAGGUUUAUAUGAUAAUGCAGGAAUUAGCAAAUUAAUUGAAGAUAUGCAUAAGAGAUCGAAAGAAGUUAUGAAAACCCUCCAAACAAAUAAUAUAGAAUAG